AUGAUGGAAAAGUCUGACUUGGCUAAUGUGAAGUCUUCUAGCUCUCAUGUUCAUAUUCACAGAGCAGAUACUUCCUUGCUUGACCUCUCAAUUUCCAACUCAAGAGUGGUCGUAGAGGACGGAGGAAGAAUCUUGACCCCAAGACACUCCAACCCCGACUCGUUUGAGACUUUUCAACUGAACCAGUUGGAAAGAGGCUUGAAAGCUCGUCAUGUUUCUCUUCUUUCUUUGGGUGGUGCUAUCGGAACUGGUCUUUUUGUGGGGUCCGGUUCCGCUCUCUCCACUUGUGGUCCUGCUAGUUUGGUGUUGAGUUAUGCUAUCAUGUCGUCGGUAGUGUACUUUGUCAUGCAAAUGUUGGCUGAAAUGACCACAUUCUUACCAUUACCUGGUAGUGGUGCACAAUCGUUUGUUAACGAUUACCUUUCUGAAUCCUUUGGUUUUGCUAUUGGAUGGAACUACUGGUACGCAUUUUCUAUAUUGGUCGCUGCUGAGGUUACUGCAGCUGCUAUUGUUGUACAAUAUUGGAUCACUUCUGUCAAUAUUGCUGUUUGGAUCACCAUCUUCUUGGUUCUCAUUAUCUUGUUGAACAUCAUCUCGGUCAGAUUUUUCGGUGAAGCAGAAUUCUGGUUCGCUUCCAUUAAAUUGAUCACUCUUACUGGUUUAAUCAUUUUGGGUGUUGUUCUUUUCUUCGGUGGUGGUCCAAGCCACGACAGAUUGGGAUUCCGUUACUGGAAGCACAGCCCUUUUAAAGAACAUAUUGUUGGCGGAUCUACAGGCCGUUUCCUCGGUAUAUGGACAGCCAUUGUCAAGUCCGGUUUUGCUUUUAUUUGUUCUCCAGAAUUGGUUGCCGCUGCUGGUGGUGAGUGUAGAAAGCCAAGACGUAACAUUCCAAAGGCUGCCCGUCGUUUCAUUUACAGAUUGGUAUUCUUCUAUAUCCUCGGUACAUUGGUCAUCAGUGUCAUUGUCAGCUCAAAAAACCCAAGAUUGUUGUCUGGCUCCUCCGACGCUUCUGCUUCUCCUUUCGUUAUCGGUAUCCAAAACGCAGGUAUCCCAGUAUUGAACCACAUCAUUAAUGCUGCUAUCUUGACUUCGGCUGCAUCUGCUGGUAACUCUUUCCUUUACUCGGCCUCUAGAUCUUUGUAUUCUAUUUCUUGCAGAGGAUUAGCUCCAAAGAUCUUCAGCAAGGUGAACAGAUUUGGUGUUCCAGUUUAUGCUGUCGCAUUGUCAUCUGCAUUGGGCUUCUUGGCUUACCUUAACGUCUCAUCUUCUUCUGCAAACGCUUUCAACUGGUUUUCUAACCUUACAACAAUCAGUGGGUUCAUUUCUUGGAUUUUGGUUGCCUUUGCCUAUUUGAGAUGGAGACGUGCCAUUGCAUACCAUGGCUUAUCCGAUAGAGUAACAUACAAAUCUCCAUUCCAACCUUUCGGUGCUUACUAUGUGAUAUUCUUUAUUUCGCUCCUUUCAAUCACUAACGGUUACGCUGUAUUUUUCAACUUCAACGGCCCUGACUUCGUUGCCGCUUACAUUACCCUUCCAAUUGUUGUUUUCCUUUACGUUGGCCACAGAGCCUGGAGCUACUUCACCAAGGGCCAACAGAACUGGCUCAGACCAAUCAAGCAGAUUGACGUAAUAACCGGCUUAGAUUUGAUAGAAGAGGAGGAUGCGAACGAGCCCGAACCAGUGCCUAAGAACCUUUUGGAAAAGAUCUGGUUCUGGGUUGCCUAA